CCAAUAUCAGCUGCUCUUACCCAACUAUGGUUUUCUUGGCGUUUAUACAAAGGUAUGCGUGAUGUAAUACGGGAAGUUUUCUUGUUCCACUGCAGCAGCUUUCCCUUUAGUCAACCCAAGGCUGUGGCGUGCUGCGCUGACGCUGCUACUCUCACUCAUGUCAUUCGUUGCGGGCGUCGGUGGAACCCAGUCCAUAUUGACUUGAUAUUCUUCUCGUCAUAAGGCCUGUGAUGUCUGUGCGGCCCCGAAGUUUUUUGACUGGUGCUUCGUUGAUGCAGUGGCAUGCUACCGUUUGGUUUUGCGGAAGUUUUGUAUGUGACGUAUUCGUUACCUUACCUGUCGCAUGGACGCUCGAUAAACAGCGCGGUCGAGGUUUCAAGCAGACGGACUUGCUUUUUAACCAAGUAGUCAUAUGGAUAAUCAAUACUGGCAUUCUAACCGCCGCAUUUGCUCUCUUAGUGAUAAUCUUCUCCUUGACAAACACUCACAGCCUCGUAUACGUCUCCCUUAAUCUCGUUCUCGCAUCCAUUUAUUCGAACUCACUGCUUGCAUUUCUUAAUCAACGUGGGAAGUAGGCGCGCCACAUGAAAUGCGGUGUCCACCUUCACUGGACCAAUGAUCACCACCUGCCUGGAUCGGCUGCCCAACAGAGUGGUCUCAGUAGCGUGGGCGGGAAUGGUGAUGAAUCCAGAUGUCCGUCGGGCGCAGGGGUAGUCGUUAUAACCCCAGACCGAGCUCAGCGGGGGAGGCCAAGUGAUUCAAUUACAAGUUGCUUGGAAGCUUGAGGUUAUCUCGAUUGGGUGUAUGUUAUCAGUGAUGUGUUUUGGACUGAAAGGACUUGUUCAUUACUUUCCUUGUCGAACUCUCCGUGGAGCGUUCUGCA